GCCACUUGCCAGUAGCGCGAACAGCCCCGAACGGCACACACGAUGGUCGCGCAUAAGCACGCGCUCGCGGCCGCGCUGCUGUAUGCCUUGGCCGGGCAGCUCGGUGCUGGAGCAAGCCUUCAUUGUGCCAUGAGGAGAGAGAUUUCACCGUGCACAUGCCGACGCGAAGACACAGGCACAGGUGCCAUUCUUGUCGUCUGUCAGCGUAUCAACGCUUAUGAAGAAAUCACUAGAGCGCUCGCGAAUAAAUUCAGCCCUGAGACUAAAAUCGGCCUGGACAUCUCUUAUUCGCAGCUGCCGGACUUUGCCGACCAUAGUUUUCGUGAACUAGGUCUUUCUAUUACAAGGCUCAAGUUGAACUUCGAUAAUCUAAGUGAAUUGAAAGAAAGCGUUUUUACGAAGUUGGACUUGUUGGACUACUUCAGCUUGGCAGACAAUUCUCUGACGGACAUGCCCAGACAUGUGCUACAGCAUAUUCCGCAUGUAAAGACGCUCGACCUAUGCCGCAACAAGAUUACAAAACUUACGGAGGAAGAUUUUCAAGACAUACAAGAAGUAGAACAUCUCGUAGUAGCUGAUAAUCAAAUAUCUAAGAUCGAAAGAGAUGCAAUACCAAAAGCAUUGAAACAUAUUCAUCUGGGAAUAAAUAAGUUAAGCACACUAAACGGAGCUCUCCGAGAAUUGGACGGCUUAGAAUGGAUCUUUAUUAAUGCAAACAACUUGAAAUCUAUCGAAAAUGAACUACCUACCAAAGCCAAGAAAAUAGUGCUUAUCCACGCAGCAAACAACGAGCUUCAAAGUUUACCGAAAGACUUAAAACAAAUGCCUUCCUUGGAAUCUUUAUAUUUUUAUGGCAAUAAUAUAAAAUAUUUAGAUGGGGCAUUACAGAAAUCCCGCAGGUUGAUGCGAAUCGGACUGUCAUUCAAUAAAAUUGAAUCGUUAGCCGAAGAUGAAUUUACUGAAGCAGAAAAAUUAGCUGAACUGGAUAUAGCCUACAAUCAACUGACGCGUCUGAAUGGUUCACUACGAAGUUUGAAAUCCUUACGAUAUUUGAACCUUACACACAAUUACUUGGCAGAAUUUUCAUUACAAGAAAUCAAAGGGUUAAAAAGAUUAUCCGUGAUAGACUUGUCUCAUAAUAGAAUAACUCAUAUUACGGGGAAUAUGGAGAACUUAGUAGACGCCGAGACGCGUGUAUUAGAACUACGUUUAGAUCAUAAUCGAAUUCAUAGUCUUGGUGGUGCGUUAAUGGGACUUCAUGGGCUAUUACGACUAAACUUAAGUAACAACUUACUACAACAGAUAUCUCCUGACGAUUUAAUGGGACUCGAAGAUUUAAAAUUACUUGAUGUUUCACACAAUCAUAUUUCUACUUUGGAAGAAACCUCGAAGACGUUUUUACCUUCUCUUGAAGAAUUGAUUGCUCACCAUAACAACAUUACUACACUAGAUAAAGAUUUUCACGGGUUGCCAGCACUUUGCAUAGCAGACUUAUCCUAUAACCAGAUUCAUUCCGUAAAUUAUGAUCUUGUAUCGAAAUCUCGAUGUACUAUUAAUGGUGUUCCUGGUAUAUUGAAGAUUUAUCUUCAAGAUAACCCUGUGCUAUGCGACGAUCGUCUGUACGAGUUGGUGACGGUGUUCGAGAGUCUGAACGCUCGAGUGAGUGGACAGUCGACAUGUGUGACCACUCAAACCGCUGCGCCCGUACUGAUGCGCGCGCUCAACGACAUCGACAAGCAACAGGAAAAUGCACCAGUCAUUGUAAUGGCCCGUAUGGGAUCUGGCAUUCGAAUCAUAUCACAAGAAAAUUUAAAUCGCGAGUCAGCGCCAUCGCCUAUUCCCCAAUUAAUGUACAGGCGAGUAGGUGCCCUGAUCGGACACAUGGUACCAGAGCGCGAGGGCGGGUUGCCAGUUGUGGUUGACUCGCCGGUGACACUGCCGCCGGCUAGCAUUAACGUAGUAGUCAAAUGGCCUGAUGAGAGAAGGGCAGAAGAACAAUCUCAUCCUCUGGCUGAUCAACUGCGUUUUCGCGAUUUAAACUCAUCGACGCAGUGAGAAAAGCCGCACUAGGCGUUCCGCUAUUGCUGGUGGUACCAUCGAGCUAUGACCUGCGCCUUAAGAAAUAUUCUGCCUUUUAAUAAAAUUACGGCAGUAUCUUUCAAAUCGAUCAGGCGCGUGAAUAAUCUUAACAUCCUGUUUUCUUCUGCGAUGUAAAUAGAAGAUUUAAUAUGUAUGUAUGUAGGUAUACUUGGAAAAAAUAAUUAAAUCGAUCACGAGUGUCGAAUGAGAAGUGUACUUGUUUGCCCUUAGCAUGUAGCAUUAAUUUCAUCUGCAGUGCUAAAUUUCAUUAUUCAAAGAUGACAAAAAAAUAGGCUAAUUGUUAAAAAUUCUGUUAAUUAUUGUAUAAGAUGUUAAUAAAAUAGCUUCUGCAGUAAUGAAAUUUAAAAGUGGAGGAAAAUCACAUUGUAUAUUUUGUCAUUAAAAUAUCACGCUCGUGGGUGUAGGGAGUUAUAAAUUUCAGAACUCUAUAUAAAUCUCUAUUGAUCCAUAUAGAUGUAACUUACACAUCAUGGUUAUUUUAUGAGUUUCACAUUAAAAGUUGCUCUUUUUAUCAUUGUUUUUUUCAUCAUUUUUAGCAUUAUCUUGCUACAUAUUAAGAGUAAAUAGGUAUCCAUUUUAGUAUUAAUGGUGUGAUUAUUAUUUUUAUGAAAGGUCGCGUAAUAUGUGAAUUAUAAUUUUAAAAUUGUGAUUAUUUGAAUUAACCGGAAGAUAGUACGACGUGUUAUAUAUCUACAGCCUCGAGUGAAUGUGGGAUCGAGUCGAUUACGUGGUUGGAAUCAUUGCGUCGUUUCGCGUUUCGUUACGCUUUCAUAUCCGUAAAGAAGUUCGCAAGUAUUUAUUUUUUGGGAAUAACUACGUGUAACAGAAGUAACGGUAACCUGAGCGGUGAUCAGUAGACACCAGUCCAUUUUCGGUCUUAAAUAUAAAUUAAACGGUUAAACUUACAUUUAAAAUGGUGUCUGUCCAUGUAUUUUAUUGAUGUUAUUAUGAUCUGAUACAAGUAUUGGUCGCAACUCGAUGUUGUAGUAGUAUUUUUGACGAUAAUAAUUAUUUACGAUAGUCUAUCACAACUAAGAUUCAUUUUAAAACAUUUAGAGCUUGUUUCAUAACUUCUGGGUAGGUAAAUGCUGCUCGGCAAACAAAUGUAUAAGUCGACCAAAGACAAAAGUCAGACUCUACCUAUGAGUAUGCUACCAAGUAAAUGGCAAUAAAAUAAGAAAUAUAUUAUUACUGUCAAAUAAAGUUUACUUAAAAUUUGUUAAACAUUUCAUUAAGAAUAUUACAAAUCGACACUUCAAACCCAGAGGAAUCAAUGCCAUACAUCACCGGAAAUUCUGUUACAGAUUCCUAUGUAAAAAUAUAUAGAAAUUAUUGAGUACCCUACAACGCUCUAUAAAUCUUAUUAUGAUAUAAAUAUUUAUAAUUGUACCUAAUAGAGUGUACGGUAUAAAAUGGGUUAAAGGUAUAUGAACAAGGGAUCUUUUGUCUUGAGUUUUUUUAACGUUCAUAAGCAACAUAAAGUAGCGACAAGUGGACAAGAUAAUAUGGAAAAAGUAAUUUCUUAUAAUAUUUUUAUACUAAGUAUUUAUAACAAUAAGUAUAACGAAAUAUUUGUAAUGAAAAGUUUCAUUAGUUAUGCCUUUUUUCGGUUCCGAGAAUUAAACGAGACAGUGAAAACCUCAACCGCAACUGCAAUAAUUAUAAACUUAUUUAUAGAAUUGGUUUUCAUCUGAUGUACGAAUGUGCGUCCUAAAUGUUUUAUAUUAUACAGGGUCAUUUUGACAUCGCGUUACUAAAUGAAAGUACACACUUAUCUAUUAGGGAAUAACACUUAACAAUAAGUUACUUGAGCCAUAGAUAUAAUAUAACAAAGUGUAAGUUUCGAACAAAAUAAAUAUUAAUAAAAAGUAAUUUUAAUUUUACGCGGCCUAAAUCCACUACUAAUACUCUAAGAGUAUUCGUUGCUGUGUUAACAUCAUAAUUUCAGUCAGAAAUACACCCAUACGUCAUAUUCGCAUUAAACUGCAAAAUUAUUAAAAAAUCAGAAAACUAAAACCAGGAUUUUAGAUGAAAAUAUUCGUUAUUAUAGGAUGAUUUUUGGCACAAUGUCAGCAAAGGUGAAGACGAGUAUGUGGUUUCAUUUAGUAACGCAAUGUCAAAAUGUCCCUGGAUAAUAGUAAUAAAGAAAAAACUAAACAAAAGUAUGUAAAAUGAAAGUAACAUAUCUUGUUUAUUUUUUGUGAUUCUCUCGAAAUAUGAUUCCGAACUGCUAACUUAGUUGAUAUAGACUGUAUACACUAACAUCAUACAUAUUUUUUGUUAAUAAAAACACCAAAACGACAAUGACUUAUUUUUGUUACAUCAUGUGUGUUAAAAAAUAAAUUAAUUGUAUUGAUCAUAAAAAUGUGAAGCUGUACCUAAAGUAACAUCUACGAUGAAAUAUAUUUUGUUUAAAUAUAAGAUAUUUUAUUAGUGUAAUUUAUAUUGUCGAUUAACAACUACUAAUAAAAAAUACAAACUGUU